AUGCCGAAGAACUGUGGGAACUUGUGGGACUCGAAAAUUUACCCAGGAAUUAAACAAUGUUUGAUAGGCGCUAUGCUCGCAUGCCAAGAGUCUAUGGAUAAAAGGCAAAAUAGCUUUGAAUUGUACGGAGCUGACUUUAUGUUAACUGACGAUUUUACUCCAUGGCUUAUUGAAAUCAAUUCGAGUCCAGAUUUGGCACCGACUACUUCAGUCACAGCGCGCUUGUGUCCGCAAUGUCUUGAAGAUGUCAUAAAAGUCGUCUUAGACAGACGUUCGAAUCCUGAAGCUGAUACAGGUACCUUUGAACUGGUCUAUCGGCAAGUUAUACCAAAAGCUCCAGCAUACCUUAGUUUACAACUAUGCAUUAACGGUAAAAGACUUAUAAAGAAAUCCAAAGAGAAGAAAACUGAGCACAAGUCUGUAACGCCGUUUCCUACACCAAUACCCGUGGGAGAUAUUAUACUAGAUCCUGGUCAACCGGUUCCACCAGAAUACAGUGGACCCAUAAUUACAGAUUUUCUAACUUGGCUCAAUCCAUACGACGCUUUACCUACCAACAAAGAUGGCAUUCUAAUAGGCCAACGGGAUUCACUGACGGUACGCCAAACUGUUAAUGUUGUGAAUUCAAGUAACAUAUUUAAAGCAUCCAAAAAGCGUAAAUCAUCUGCGCUCUCUUGUAGGACUCAUCGAGGAAGACGCGAAAAAAAUUCAGAAUCCAAACGACGUAUUAAGCCCCACUUAACGUAA